AUGGAAGAAAUUUUCCAAACGUUGCUCAAGCAGAUGCAGGAGCAGCAGCACAAAGACAAUCUGGCCAUGCAAACGUUGGUCUCGCAGCUACUAUCACAGCAGUCAGUAGCAACACCUAACCUAGACAAUGUUAAAGUGGAGAGCAAAAGCCCAGAGUUUAUAAUGGAAGCACUCGCAUCCAACAUUACAGAGUUUUGCUUUGACAUCGAAAACAACCUCACUUUCGACACAUGGUAUGCUCGUUAUGAAGAUCUUUUCGAAAUCGAUGCUUCAAAAUUGGACGAUGCAGCCAAAGUCAGGCUUUUAUUGAGAAAACUCAAUUCCAUCGUUCACAGCAAGUAUAUCAACUACAUUCUGCCAAAGCACCCUCGUGAUCAUACGUUCAAGGAAACUGUGCAGAAGCUCACUCAACUAUUUGGCUUCAAAACAUCACAAUUCAAUCUUAGAUAUAACUGUCUACAGCUCACAAAAGAAUCACAUUGUGAUUUCAUCACAUACGCAGGUAUAGUGAACAAGCAUUGCGAACAGUUCAAGCUAAGAGAUCCAACCCUAGAUCAAUUCAAAUGCUUGAUAUAUGUAAUGGGAAUGAAAUCAGCAUCUGACUUCGAGGUCCGCACCAAAAUGCUAACAAAGUUGGACAGUGAAGGUUCUACCAUUACGUUAGACAUUUUAUCAAGAGAGUGUCAACGUUUAAUCAAUUUAAAAACAGACACAGCACUUAUCGAGAAUGUCAAAACCGAUGCUGUAGUGAACCGACUACACACAACAAACAGCAGUAGCAACAAGUCAAAAGCUAUCCCAAAAUCUCCAUGCUGGUUCUGUGGAAACAUGCAUUUCGCCCGCGAUUGCUCAUAUACAAAACACAAAUGUUUACAAUGUAACAACAUAUGCCAUAAAGAAGGGUACUGCAAUGCGGGGAAAAAGAAGAAAUAUCAAACUCACAAAAACAACAGACCUAAAGCAAAGACGAAUUUAAACAACAACAAAACAUUCAGGCCAGAAUUAAAAAGCAUUUUCAUCUCCAACAAAAUCGAACCAUCACAGAGAAAGUACGUGAGCCUCAACAUAAAUGGUACAAACAUCCACUUGCAGUUGGACACAGCAUCCGAAAUUACAAUAAUAUCAGAGAAAAUCUUCAAAAAUAUUAAUGUUCCACGUGUUGACAAAGUUUCACACACAGCCCGAAGUGCAACCGGCAAAUUACCAUUGUCAGCCCAAUUUGAUUGCAAUGUCAAAUUCAGAACUAGACAGGCAUAUUCUACAUGUUAUGUCACUCCAAUCAAAAAUUUAAACGUAAUGGGGCUCGACUGGAUUAAGGCAUUAAAUCUUGAAGAAAUGUCAAUAAGUACAAUCUGCAAUCAAGUCACAAGAGAAGCUGAAAACAAAAAAAAAGUUUUCAACGAUUCUUUAGGCCUGUGUAACAAAACAAAAGCACACCUGGUGACAAUGCCAAACAUCCAACCAGUUUUACGACCAAAGCGUCCAGUCGCUUAUGCUGUCAAAGAUCUCGUUGAAGCGGAGCUGCAGCGUCUACAAGACACCAAUGUGAUUUCGCCAGUUAACUACUCGGAGUGGGCCGCUCCUAUAGUUGUCAUAAGGAAAUCGAAUGGAAGCAUACGCAUUUGUGCAGAUUUUUCCAGAAAGUCAUCAGUACCGUCUGCCAUUGCCAGAGGAUAUUUUCGCAAGGCUGGCCAAUGCUAG